AUGGAAGGACUUUCCGUCGCGGCGAAUGGCCUCGCUAUCAUAUCUGUAGCAUUUCAGCUUACCGAAGCGUGUAUCAAACUCCACACUUUCUGGGAGACGGUGGAAGAUGCCCCUGGAGAGAUUGCAGCCAUCAAGGAGGAUCUACGCUAUCUGAUCUCGGUCUUCAAGAGGGUAGAAUCUCACAGCAACCCUCUUGGCAGUUGUUUAGCAGAAGGAGUACAACACUGCCGAGCCAAGAUUGCAGAUUUGACACUUAUUGUUGAAAGAUUCGACAAUGGCUUCCAAUCGCUGUCGCGAAGGAAACGAGUACGCACAGCCUUCAAAGCUGCCCUUCACAGCAAACAUAUCCAACGAUUUCGCGACUCACUGAAUGAUGCGAAGUCGACACUCACACUAGCUUUGGCCCAUGAAAGCGUGAUUCAAUCUCUCUCUUCUCGUCUUCCAACAAAAGUAAAGGUACAUGACGAGAUCGAACGAUACGGGACCGCCAAAGCCGCCCAAAGAGAUUUGCUUCGUUCAACCGAGAUCGAUGACGCUUCUGGUUGGAUAGCAGUGCAAAGCGUCCCCUCGAAAUACGUCGGCCAGCGUUCUCUUCGCCGUAUGAAGUCUCCAAACACUGCAACACUGCAACCUUUGGGCGAAAUGCUAAUCAAGCAUCCGUCGAUUGAUUACAAAGUACAGGAGCUCAUGUUGCAUGCUAUCGCACAAACCGCUGUUACCACCUUUGAAUCAACAUCGAUGGAGAUAUUUGCACAAGAUGGCUAUACGAUUGAUGCAUGUGGACAGCUGCGGACCAAGACUUUCGUCUAUGCUGAAAACCUGCGGUAUCACGUAAACCACCAUGUAUCGACCUUCCGGACUGCACUCGGGUGUGCUUGGUUACGUACAACUACCCUUCACCACGACAACAAAUCUUCCAAAAGACAAAGGAAGUUACAGAUCAUCAGAUCCCUGAUCUUAUAUCCUACAAGAUGGCUACAGUACAUGGGUAUUCAAAAUGGCCUCGAAGCUGUCGUGGCAUCUGGAGGUCGGAGCUGGCUCUUCAACUGUAAUAUAACAGUGACCCGCCCUGUUCCUGACGACGCACUCAUCUUCGGACUUUGUCGCACCGGCCAGACUCGUGCUGUAGAAGCACUUUUGGAGAAAGGAAUGGCAAGCGUAGUCGACACAAGCCCGAAAGGGUGGAAACCACUGCAUUUCGCUGCCGCCGCAGGUCACGUCGAUCUCUGCGCUUUACUCAUCAAGGGAGGCGCAGACAAGUCUGCACUAGUGUAUGAAGGGCCUUCUGACGCUAUCUUAUCACCCAUAUCGCUUUUCGUAUCAUCUUGUACGGAUGAGCAUGCUGAUACCAAGAUCGCCAUGCUCAGGCUAUUCUGCGAAUGCAUUGAUAUAGCCGAUGCUGACAGCGACGGUUGGUCCGUUCACGACUGGCUCAAGCGAGCAUACGCGAGGGAACGAGUGCCAAUCUCACGGAACAGUAUCACGUGGCUACUUCAUCUAACCGUGAAUGAAGAGUAUGUCGAAUUUAGUGCGCGCAAUAUCUGGUCCGCCCUACAACACGCGAUGAGAUCUGUUUCCAACCACGCAAGGCACAGCAACUACCUCGAGCAAGUUCUUUGUCUUUCUAGAGAAGAACGUUCGAAGGUCAGUAAGCGACAUCUGGACGCUCUAGGCUCUUGGCUUGCUCUACGGGUAAGCGGUCGAGUACUCCUGCCGAUGAUAGUGAAUGCCGGCUCGUUCUUGCAGAUGAAAGGCUUUGAUUGGAUGGAGGACAAUUUAACACAUAGGCAGUUUCUGCAAGCCUUACCGAGUAUCUACUCAGCUUGGUGCACUGCCCUCCUAGACUGCAUCGAGCAAGUCAAGACGUAUAUGCGGGAAGAGCUUGAUCGCUUCUUAUGCGAACUUGGUAUGGCGCAAGGAGCAUUUAUCCGUGCACUGACCCGGGCCAACAAUCUCUCGCACAACAACAGUUCUGGAAAGCUACCAAGAACUGCAUGCACGCACUGCAAAGACGACUAUGGCCCAUUUGCUUGCGGGUUGGUCGAACCUGCGCGUAUAGCUGUUACAGAAUGCGUCAAAUCGGGUCACAACGCGAACUGCGUCUGCGACAAAGUGCAGAAAGCCCCCACAAUAUCGGACGAACUUCCGGAGUACACCGGAAUGUUACAAACAGACAGCGACAACGACAACGACAAUACGCAUGAGGACGACGAGUUCUUCGACGCCCAGCCACACGUUUUCAACGAUGAAGACCUCCAAAUAACUCCAACAUCGAGCAUGUUCACCGACAUCGCGACUUUGCUCUACAGCGCUCAAGGCAAAAUGUGGCUCGGUGAACACUCAGUCGGAGAGCGCCUAUGCUCGACUUGCCUCUUGCUCAAGGAGAAGUACAUCGGCAAAGAUGGUCUAUCUGCUGACUUUCCACCAAUGCCGAUGAGCUUCGAUGGCCUACGUGUGAAGUGGUGA